AUGGGUUUACCAAUUCUGCGCCAAUGUGCGCUGAAAUCUUGCCGGAAAUCUCUCAAGUCAACAUCUCCUGUCUUUCUCGAUUUUCUCGCACCGUCAGCAUCGGUACACAAACAAUGUCGUAGCGCGUCAACCGCCACCUCCGGCGAGGCCAGACCUCGUUAUGUCCUCAGCAAAGAACAGCGAGAGUUUAUGGACAGCGCUCUUCGCGUAAAUCAAGCCGGCGAACUGGCUGCAACGCUGAUUUACACCGCCCAAACGCCUCAAAUCGUCCGCUCCUACCCCCACCUCCGGCCCUUGAUGAAACACAUGUACGACCAAGAAGCAGGGCACCUGAAGACAUUCAACGGCCUCAUUGCAAAGCACCAAAUCCGCCCGACGGCCAUGUAUCCCGCGUGGGAGGUGGCAGCCACAUUCUUGGGCUGGUCAACCGCGGCGCUGGGUCGCGAGGCUGCAAUGGCGUGCACCGAAGCCGUCGAAACUGAGAUUGGAUCACACUACAAUGAUCAAGUAAGAGAGAUUCUCUCUUGGGAGGCCGAUGCUGCCAGGCGGGGCGAGGAAUUGGACGAUGAACUCAAAGAAAUGCUGGCCACAUUCCGGAGGAUUCGAGACGAGGAACUGGAGCAUCUCGACCAUGCUGUGGCCAAUGACUCCAAGGAAGCGAAGCCUUACGAUCCGCUCGUCGAUGUCAUUCGCUUUGGUUGUCGAACUGCUAUCAAGAUCAGUGAAAAGAUCUGA